AGGAGCCGCCGCCGCUUCGCCUCCGCUUCGCCUCCGCUCCCGCCGCGACCUGUCGGCAGCGCGCCCCCGCCGAGCCCGCGCCAUGCAAGGAGCAGGGAAGGCAGCCCAGAGCCGCGACGCCGCCCGGCCCCUGCAGCUCACCAUGAAGAGGGGCUACGAGGUGCUCCGCGACCCUCACCUCAACAAGGGCAUGGCUUUUACCUUGGAAGAGAGGCAACAAUUGAAUAUUCAUGGACUACUGCCACCUUGCUUUCUUGGUCAAGAUGUCCAGGUUUUCAGUAUUCUUAAGAAUUUUGAAAGACUGACAUCUGACCUAGACAGAUAUAUUCUACUAAUGAGUCUUCAGGAUCGAAACGAAAAGCUUUUCUAUAAAGUGCUGACUUCUGACAUAGAAAGGUUCAUGCCUAUUGUUUAUACUCCCACUGUGGGACUGGCUUGCCAGCAAUAUGGUUUAGCAUUUCGGAGGCCAAGGGGACUUUUUAUUACUAUCCAUGACCGGGGACACAUCUCUACAAUGCUGAAGUCCUGGCCAGAAAAUGUCAUCAAGGCUAUCGUGGUGACAGAUGGAGAACGUAUUCUUGGUCUUGGAGACCUCGGCUGCUAUGGCAUGGGCAUUCCAGUUGGUAAACUGGCACUUUAUACCGCAUGUGGAGGAGUGAAACCUCACGAGUGCCUACCAGUGAUGUUGGAUGUGGGAACAGAUAAUGAGGCACUGCUGAAAGAUCCUUUGUAUAUUGGGCUGAGACACAAGAGAAUCAGAGGUCAAGCCUAUGAUGAUCUCCUUGAUGAAUUCAUGGAAGCUGUGACUUCAAGGUAUGGCAUGAACUGCCUCAUUCAAUUUGAGGAUUUUGCUAAUGCCAAUGCAUUCCGCCUCCUGCAUAAGUACCGUAACAAGUAUUGCACUUUCAAUGAUGACAUUCAAGGAACUGCAUCUGUGGCUGUUGCAGGUCUUCUUGCAGCUCUGCGUAUCACUAAGAACAGGUUAUCAGAUCACACAGUGCUGUUCCAGGGAGCUGGAGAGGCUGCGCUGGGGAUAGCAAACCUCAUCGUCAUGGCUAUGGAAAAAGAAGGAGUAUCUAAAGAUGCAGCUGUCAAAAGGAUAUGGAUGGUUGACUCGAAGGGCUUGAUAGUGAAGGGGCGUGCCUCAUUAACAGCUGAGAAAACUCGAUUUGCACAUGAACAUGCUGAAAUGAAAAAUCUAGAAGAUAUUGUUAAAGAUAUAAAACCAUCUGUGUUAAUAGGAGUUGCUGCAAUUGGUGGUGCUUUUACUAAAGAAAUUCUUCAGGAUAUGGCUGCUUUCAACAAACGUCCUAUUAUUUUUGCUCUCAGCAAUCCUACCAGCAAAGCAGAGUGCACUGCUGAGCAGUGCUACAAAUAUACAGAGGGACGCGGCAUUUUUGCCAGUGGAAGUCCUUUUGAUCCUGUCACUCUUCCAAACGGAAAAACUCUGUAUCCUGGACAGGGUAACAAUUCCUAUGUGUUCCCAGGGGUUGCCCUUGGUGUUAUUGCAUGUGGACUGAAACAUAUUGGUGAGGACGUGUUCCUCACAACUGCUGAGGUAAUAGCUGAGCAAGUUUCAGAGGAGAAUUUACAGGAAGGUCGCCUGUACCCUCCUUUAGUCACAAUUCAGCAUGUGUCACUGAAAAUCGCUGUGAGGAUUGCAGAGGAAGCCUACAGGAAUAACACAGCCUCCACCUAUCCUCAGCCCAAGGACCUAGAAGCCUUCAUCCAGUCUCAGAUUUACAGUACUGAUUAUAACAGCUUUGUGGCUGACUCAUAUACCUGGCCUGAAGAAGCGAUGAAAGUGAAACUGUAAAUAUUUAAUGAAGAUUAAACAAAUUAGCAGGAGAGAAAAAGCAUUAAAAUAUUCAGAACAUUUCUACCUAGUGAGCCUAAGAGUAGCUAAUUUUUUAAGAUGGAGAAAACUUUUUCUAAAUUGUAAUAUUUGGUUAGAAACUCAGAUUAAGAAGUCAUAUUAAUUAUACAUGAGAAAAUUAAAAUUAAUCUGAGAAAU